CCAUCUCCAGUUUGGUGGGCAAUUUUUUUUUUUCUUUUCCUUUUUACAGGUAGAGACAACCCACCAGUUGUUGCGGCUGUUUGAAGAGAGAGAUUUUGUAGAGGGAUGGAAAAACUGCUGCUAUGGAGAUGAGAUCUCACUCUCAUGACUGUUUUCCUUCACUUUUCCUACUGUCACUCAACCUGAUUUCUUCGAUUUCAAUAUUCGCCCCAAUUCCUCUCCACCUUUCUUUCUCUCUUGUAUCAGGGACCUGAAUAUUACUUUUGCAUACUGCUUGUGGUGUUUAUCCAAUCCGUUUUCUUAAGGGAAGCCACAUGGGUUCCAGAUACCCAUCUCAUAAGCUCAGCAAUGGCCUAUAUGUAUCUGGCCGUCCUGAGCAGCCAAAAGAAAGGACUCCAACAAUGACAUCUACAGCCAUGCCUUAUACUGGUGGAGAUAUCAAGAAGUCUGGAGAACUGGGGAAAAUGUUUGAUAUCCCAACAGAUGGAUCUAAGUCCAGGAAAUCUGGGCCCAUCACUGGUGCCCCAUCAAGAACUGGAUCGUUUGGAGUGUCUGCACAGUCUGGUUCUGGAAUGCCUAAUGCUUCUUCUCGGUCUGCCUAUAACAUGUCAGGGCCUUUAUCUUCUGGAACUGGUUCAGCUUCACUCAAGAAGACAAAUUCUGGACCACUGACUAAACAUGGGGAGCCUGUAAAGAAGUCAUCUGGUCCUCAGUCUGGUGGGGUGACACGACAGAAUUCUGGUCCUAUUCCGCCAGUACUCCCAGCAACAGGUCUCAUUACAUCUGGGCCUAUUUCUUCGGGUCCCCUAAACGCAUCUGGUGCACCCAGGAAGGUAUCUGGCCCUCUAGAAUCUACAGGAUCACUUCCAUCACAUGUAUCUUCUGUUGCUCACAAACAGGCAGUUACAGUAAUUACUCAAGAUGAUGAGUAUUCCUUCAUGAGGAGCUUCCCCAAACUGGUGUUAUGGUUGGUGAUUCUAAUAUUUGUGAUGGGGUUCCUUGCUGGUGGUUUUAUUCUUGGAGCAGUGCACAAUGCAAUUCUCCUCAUUGUUAUUGUGGUUCUAUUCGCCGCAGUUGCUGCAUUAUUUAUUUGGAAUACAUGUUGGGGGAAAAGAGGUAUCAUAGAUUUCAUUGCUCGUUAUACAAAUGCUGAUCUUCGAACUGCAAAAAAUGGGCAAUACGUGAAGGUCUCUGGGGUGGUUACUUGUGGUAAUGUACCCCUUGAGUCAUCCUUCCAAAAGGUUCCAAGAUGUGUUUAUACAUCUACCAGUUUGUAUGAGUACCGAGGAUGGGCUUCAAAACAAGCCAAUCCUUCCCAUCGUCGUUUUACAUGGGGACUCAGAUCAUCAGAGAGGCAUGUGGUGGACUUCUACAUCUCUGACUUCCAAUCUGGGUUGAGAGCAUUGGUUAAGACUGGGAGUGGUGCAAAGGUGACUCCAUUUGUUGCCGAUUCAGUCUUUGUUGAUAUUAAGCCUGAAAACAAAAAUCUAUCUCCUGAGUUUAUGAGGUGGUUAACGCAGAAGAAUCUUUCAAGUGAUGAUCGAGUAAUGCAAUUAAGAGAAGGGUACAUUAAAGAAGGAAGCACAGUUAGUGUAAUGGGCAUUGUUCAGAGAAAUGAUAAUGUGCUUAUGAUCGUCCCGCCUCCUGAGCCAUUAGCAACAGGAUGGCAGUGGGCCAGAUGUAUCUUCCCAGCUAGCCUUGAUGGAAUUAUAUUGAGAUGUGAAGAUACGUCCAAUGUUGAUGUCAUUCCUGUGUAGUAAGUAGCAUUUGCACCAGAAACUUAGAACUCAAAAAUUUCUCCAUUUAGUGCUCUAUAAUAUCAAUGGUGAUGAUGGUUUUUGUAGUGAUAAGUGGUGAUUAGCUUGUUGUUUUAAGAUGAGUUGAUAUUUCUCCCCUUGGUGUAUAGCUUUUAAGUAUUUCUUUCUAAAUUUUUUUUUCCCCUUCUUAGGUAUAGUCAUUGGGAUUGCUUGAUGUAGUGGGAAUUUUAUAUAUGUCCAAGGCAAAUUGCGGGUUCUGCUAUGAAGAAAAGAUGGUCUGAGUUGUUGGAUAGGGUUUUGUUUUUCUUGCGAACCUCAAAUUGUUGAAUCUCUCGUUUCAAGUUCUUGGAAUUGUAUCUUACAUGACUUGAUAUGGAUUUCACAAGAAUCAGCUUGUUCUUUUGCAUUCUUUA